GGCCUUUGCGGCUGACGGGAGACUACGCCUCCCAGAGGCCUAUGCGGCGCCGCGACCGGAAGCGGCGGGCCAGCCGAGUGUCCUUGCGCGCGGAGCGGAGCGAUCAUGGUACGCCGAGUGUGGUCGCUGAUGAGGUUCCUCAUCAAGGGCAGUGUGGCUGGGGGCGCUGUCUACCUGGUGUAUGACCAGGAGCUGCUGGGGCCCAGCGACAAGAGCCAGGCAGUCCUUCAGAAAGCCGAGGAUGUGGUCCCCACUGCCGUGUACCAGUUCAGCCAGUAUGUGUGCGACCAGACAGGCCUGAAGUUACCACAGCUCCCAGCCCUUCCAAAGUUUAACUUUCACAUCCGCGAGUCCUGGAAUUCAGGCGUCAUCAUGAUGAUGUCGGCUCUGUCCGUGGCCCCCUCCAAGGCCUGGGAGUACUCCAAGGAGGGCUGGGAAUACCUGAAGGAGCGAACCAAGUAGCCUGUCAAGAGGAAGCUGCCUGCCCCAGGCAGGGGCACCACGGAUGCCAGACUGGGAGCCCACUCCAAGGGCAGCUCCCAGCCUUGCCGGCCCAAUAAAGGACUUGGAAGUGUU